CAUCAUAAAUUUGAAAUCACUAAUGUUAAUGAAAUUUAUAAAUAUUUAAGAUGAGUGAAUAUAUAAAUAAAAUAAAUUAAAACUCUUGAUUAAAUGCCCCUGGGUUCACUGAAUUAAAUAAAGGAAAAAAGGUUACGAGAAUAAUUCGGUUUUGAAUAUUAGGAAAAAAACAUAAAUAAAAAGUAAAAGAAGAAAAAACUUGGAAAGGAAGAAAAAGGAGCGGGCUGGGCCUACUAAGAAAGAUUCAUAAAACAGUCACGUGGGCCCCAACCAAAAGUGCGAAAAAACCAGCAGCAGCAUCAAACAAAAGCAAACUGUCAUCAUCAAUCAUCACAAGUCGCACGUACUAUAAAAAUAUUUUGAGCUAAUCCAUCGCUUCUACUCUCACAGCUGCCCUUUCCUUUCCUUUCUUUUUCUUUCAUCUUACUACUACUGCACGCCCAAAAAAUCUCCAUUUCCAUCUAAUUUAUUUUUAAUUUCCAUUAAAGCCCCAUAAAUCAAUUGCAUUAUAAACCGUCAGCUUUGCUCUCUUUCUUUUUUUCUUUUUUCUUAAAGAAGAAAAUUUAAAACGGACAGGCCGAAACCGGCGGUGCAGCCAAGAGAAAUUUGCUGCGAUAUUCAUUGAGGCUAUAAAACAAACACCUGCUGGGUUUGAGAUUGGAUAGAAAGGGAAUAAAAAUAAGGAUCAGUAAUUUUUUGUUUUUUUUUUUUUGUUUUUUUUUUUGUGUGUGUUCUCUCUAGGAAAGAGAGCUCGCUCCCUUUGUUCUUUCCCUACCUAACAAACCUGUCAUUCCCUAAGCUCCCCAUGGCGUUUAUCUGUAGGCUCACCAGCACCUGAUUCUACCUCAGUGGAAGAGGAUCUGAUGCGACUUGUAUGUCUGGAAUCAGAAACCCCUGAAUUUAAUUCUGGGAUUUUUUCUUCACUUUUGUGGUAAAACAUUUGGCAAUGGAUGACCAUGGUGGCAGCAAGGUGACAGGAAUUAGGCAGAUUGUCAGGCUUAAGGAAAUUCUCCAGAAGUGGCAGUCUGUUACAAUUGGUUCAAAGGCCCCUGAACCUGAAGGUGGAACUAGAAGUCCUCCUGGGGGCAUUUCACCGAUGAUCAAUAAGAGGCUGAAGGGCAUUCAGAACUGUUGUGAUUCCGACGAGGAAAACUGCCAGAGCCCUGGAUCGCCACCUGACGUCCCCAAAGGGUAUCUAGCGGUUUAUGUUGGGCCAGAGCUGAGGAGGUUUAUUAUCCCCACAAGCUAUCUUAGCCAUUCUCUGUUCAAAGUUUUGCUAGAAAAGGUUGAAGAGGAGUUUGGGUUUGAUCACAGUGGCGGGCUCACAAUCCCAUGCGAGAUUGAGACCUUUAAGUUUCUCCUGAAAUGCAUGGAGCACCAUCCAAAAGACCACCAGGAUGACAGCUCAAAUGAAGAAUUCAUUAAUCAUUGAAGAAUAUGAUUAUGCUGCUCUCUGUAGUGGUCGAGAUUUUAAGACUGAUUACAGAUGUUGAGCUGGGACUCCUUGUAUGCAGAUAUUUUCUUUUCCUUUUCUUUCUUUUUUCUUAUUAUUUUUUUAAAUUUUCAUCGACAAACAAUAGGAAAACUUUAGUUAGGUUUGCACAUUUGUGCAGUGAAUUUGGUACUAGGGGGUUAAGUUUAGCCUCUCUAUUCUUUUUUGUUGGGAUUUGGCCUUAAUGAGUACAAAGACAGGUGUAUUCGAUCAACUAAUGUUUGUUACAUAUUUCCAAAAGGAAUCUGGCAUGAGCUUUCUUUAA